UGUUUGAUCCUGUCUUCUUAGAUCCUCCCCUUCUUCCAGUGUCCUGCUCUAUUCCCCUGAUAAGACAUAUGGUGUGGAGACACUCUGCACAUGCUCAUUUUGGUGUUUUUUUUUCUUGGGACAGUGCAUGUGAUCAGUACAGGGCCAGUCAGCACUGUACAGAGAGAGGUCAGGUGUUCUGCAUCCUCCUAGAGCAGAAAAAAACUCCUCCUACAAGCUUUAACCAGUGCUUGGCUGGACACUGAUAGAAAUCACAAGACUGCUCUAACUGCUGAUGAGAAAAGGCAUUUAUCAGUUUAUAUUUACUAA